GCAUAAUUGGAUUUGAUGUUCAAGCUGAGCAGUUUUUUGGGAAGCACCAGCUUCUCUCUGGCCGAUCUCCUCCAGUCCAAAGACCAACAGCUCUCUCUCAACCUGAGGACACCAGAUGAUUCAUCUUCAGUGGGCACAGUGGUGGUGAGCAAGGUGAAUAUGGGGGAGAUUGAAGAUGGAGAGGUGGACCACAUUACAGCUGACAUGCACCAGAAGUGCACACUGGUGUAUGAAUCAUCACAUGGAACAAUUAAUGACACAGAUAACAGACCAAUGAUGAAUGCUGUGUUUAAGAAUGCCGUCUGUAAGGUGUACAGGUUUCAGACAGUAGACAGUAAAUGGAUGUUGGUUCGGGAGCAAAUGGCGGAGUGCACGCUGUCCUUCUGCAUCCCAAAACAGCUCAUCGCCCUCUACAUUGAAGAGGACACCUGCAGGAUACAGGAGUUGAAUGAUCUAGGAGAACUUUCUCCACACUGGGACAACCUGCGGAAGGAGGUCAUCUCUCGCUAUGACCAGAUCAUCAAAGAAUACCGGGACACGCUUGCUGAGCUCGAAAAACUUACUGGGCCAUCGUUUAAGCCGAGCUGCAGUAAAGGGCAGAAAUAUCUUGAGUUCAUUCCCAUCAACCUGCACACACAGAGAAUGAGGGUGACGUGUCCAAGGAAAACAGAUUCGUUCUAUGAUGUGGUCACAGUUGGAGCUCCGGCAGCUCAUUCACAAGGAUUCAAAAACGGAGGCUUGCAGAGACUGCUCAGCAAAUACGAAUCAGAGAAGAAGAGCUGCAGCACGGCGUAUCAGUGCAUCUACUAUCCUCCGGAGCAGACGGCCAGGGCCAGGGAGAUCCUGAGUCUGGUGUCCCAGCUGCAGCCUCUCAUAUCUGGGCUGGCAGAGCAGCUCCUGCAGGCGGCGCAGAAGUGCUCCAGAGAGGGACUGAAGGACACACUCAAGAGCCUGGAGGAAAAGACGGAGCAGUUUGUGCACACUCUGAAGGAUGAGUUGGUAAAGAGCGCCCUCUUGGCCCUACACGCCGCCCGUCCCGGCUACGUCAGCAAAAAGUCCACUCCCUCCAGCCCACCCGAGCAGGACUCAAACCCCAGCAUGACCACGGAGCCUCACACCAUCUGCAACAAUAUGGAUGGCUCGCAGACUCCCCCUAAAGACAACCGAGCAUCUCCUCUCCGCUCAGACUCAAUCCCUCAUCACAAGGAAUACGACGAAGAAGAAUGGGACAGGGUGUGGGCCAGCGUGGCCAAGAGUUUGAAUUGUGUCAUUGCCACGGUGGAGAAGCUACAAGAACAAGACAACAACAUUCAAGAAUCAACACCCAGCCACGCCCUCGCUGAUGUCAUCACCUCACAUAACCCUGCUGCAGAUUGGCAAGAUCAACUCUGCAUCCUGGUGCAGUCCCUGAAGGAAUGUAUUGCAGAAGUGUCGAAGAGAGCAAGUCGCUCCAUGAGCUUCGUGCUGCUGCAGGAAGCAGCGUGCAGCACAGUACAGGGUCUGCAGCUUCAGCAGAGACGAGACACUGUUUUCAGCCAAGCGCUGGCAGCAUUGGCGUGUGGAUUUGUCAUGCGAUUACACGCUGGUUUGGAGGAUAAGGGCUUUCUCACACAGCUGCCAGCGGUCGGACUGGUGGCCCAGUUUGAAAGUCUGCUCAGUACUUACAGUGAGGAAAUCGGGAUGUUGGAGGAUAUGGAGGUGGGAAUCUCUGAUCUUCACAGAGUUACCUUCAAGAUCACAGAGGCAAAGUCUGAAGAACCGGUCAACCUGCAGCCCACUGUCAGCGGUACACGUGACCAUUACACCGUUGAGGUGCCUCUCCCACAUCAGACCUUCCAAACGCUUCCCGACGAGCUCCGCGAGGGCAAGCUGCUACGCGUGCUCCCUGUGCUCUUUAAUGUGGGCAUAAAUGAGCAGCAAACCAUAGCCGAGAGAUUUGGUGACAUAUCUCUACAGGAGAGAAUAAAUCAGAAGAACUUUGAGAUUCUAGAAGGUUACUAUAAAUCCUUAACAAAUGCAGUGCCAUCAGAAUGCCUGCCCUGUUUCCAGACACAGACUGGCAUUAAGGAACUGCUCGACACCCUCGGACAAAAUGUUGUAACUAAGAAAAGGAAGAAUGUGGAGAUACUUUGGCUUGCGGGAAUGAUCUGUCGACGGAUGAACGGCAUCCGCUUCACAAGCUGCAAAAGUGCCAAAGACCGGACGUCGAUGUCAGUGACACUGGAGCAGUGCUCUCUACUGAGAGACGAACACCAGCUCAAUAAAGAUUAUUUUGUGCGAGCUCUGGACUGCAUGCGGAGAGAAGGCUGCCGGAUUGAAAAUGUGCAAAAGAAUAUAAAGUGCCGAAAAUAUGCAUUCAACAUGCUGCAGCUGAUGGCGUUUCCCAAAUACUAUCGGCCACCUGAAGGAACUUAUGGGAAGGUGGACUCAUGAAACAUAUUGAGGAUAGAGAUUAUAGUUGACCAUUAAUAUUUAAAGUCUAAAAGUAUGAGACCACAUGGAAAACGUGGCAUUUUUUUUCCGAUUUAAACCUGGGAAUAAGUUUUAGGAUUUUAAAGAAUGUAAAACGUUAUAAUGUAAAAAGAACAUGAAAUGUUGAAGAUUCUGCACUACUUCUAGGUCACUAAACAAAUGUAAGCAAAUUUGUGACUUUGACCAUGUUAACUUUUUUUGUGCAAAUGGUCAGAUUUCUGAUGCUUUUUGGAACAUUCUCAAAACAUGAGCAAAGUUCAAUUCAGCUUUCCACUCAAAUUGUAAUAUUGAUAUAUGGAAGCCGUAUCCUGCCAUGGAAUAAAAAAUAAGAGGUAUUUCUUACUUUAUAUAUCACAAGUGUAACUUUAUUUCUCACAAUUGCAAGAAAUAUGGUAAAAAUUGUGAUAUAAAGUUGCAAUCACGUGACAUAAACUCAUAAUUACGAGAUAAAAUCUAUAAAACUUCGCAAUUGUGACUUUAUAUCUCUCAAUUUCAACGUUUGCAAUUUUCGCAGUCGCGAUUGUGUAAUAAAUAAGUUGCACGUUUAUAUUUCGUAAUUACAAGAAAUAAACCAGAAUCAGAAUGAGCUUUGUUGCCAAGUAUGCUUACACACACAAGGAAUUUGUCAUGGUGACAGAAGCUUCCAGUGCAAAUGCAACCACAUGUACAGUGGAUAUAAAAAGUCUACACACCCCUGUUAAAACAGCAGGUUUUUGUGAUGUAAAAAAUUAAACAAAGAUAAAUUGUAUCAGACUUUUUGCACCUUUAAUGUAAAAUUUGUUAUUAGCAUAAGUGUGCACACCCUUUUAUAAUUAGGUAUGUGGCUGUGUUCAGAAUCAACCAAUCAUCAAAGCUCAUGUGAAAUAGUACAUGUCUGUCUUCACCUGAAGUGAUUCUAAAUAAAUCUCGGCUGUUCUUGUAGGAUUUUUCUGACAUCUUCUUGGUUGCAUGCUACUACAAGAGCCAUGGGCCACAAAGAACUUACAAAACAUCAACGGGAUCUCAUUGUUGAAAGGUAUCCCUCAGGUGAGGGCUACAAAAAAAUGUCCAAGGCAUUAGAUAUACCAUGGAACACAGUGAAGACAGUCAUCAACAAGUGGAGAACGUAUGGCACAACAGUGACAUUAUUAAGAACAGGACAUCCCUCCAAAAUUGAUGAGGAGACAAAGAGAAAACUGGUCAGGGAGGCUGUCAAGAGGCCAACAGCAACAUUAAAGGAGCUGCAGCUCUUUCUGGCAAUUACUGGUUGCUCCCUACAUGUGACAACUAUCUCCCAUAUUCUUCUUCUGUCUGGGCUAUGGGGCAAGGUGGCAAGACCAAGCCUUUUCUGAGGAAAAAAAACAUCCAAGCCCGGCAAAAACCUAUAUCCAGUCUCCCAAAACCAUGUGGAAAAA